CACAUGACUGUAUUUGGUCACGUGAACGAAGAUGUUUAUGUUGGUGAAAGUUGUAAUGAAGUCGCCGGUGGUAUGAGAGUGGAUGAUCCCGGGCACAUAUCCUGACGGCCCCGUUAGUAUAUAAGAGAAGGGGCGAGGGGAAAAGUAAAAAUACACUACAAUGGGGAAAAACGGAGCAAAUCGCAGCGUCCAGGUGGAGAGCGAGUAUGAGCCUAUUGGAGAAGAGAGCAGACCCCUAUUAGCGCCGCAGCAGGAUGUUCAGGUUAAAGGUGCAUCCUUUGCCUCAUCUGCCUUUAAUCUAAUGAAUGCCAUCAUGGGAAGUGGCAUCCUGGGGCUCGCAUAUGCCAUGGCCAAUACGGGCAUCAUCGGGUUUAGUAUUCUUUUACUGGUGGUCUCCAGUUUGGCUGCUUACUCGAUCCAUCUCCUACUGCUCCUUUGUGACAAAACAGGCAUCAGCUCAUAUGAAGCUCUUGGUGAGAAAGCCUUCGGCAGACCCGGCAAGAUCUUGGUGGCCUUUACUAUUCUGAUUCAAAACAUUGGAGCCAUGUCCACGUACAUGUUCAUCUUAAAGUCUGAAAUACCUCCCACCAUCACCAGUUUCAUGAGCACAGAGGUUUCUGGAAAGUGGUACGAGGAUGGAGUUAUACUGUUGAUUUUAAUCACUGUAUUUGUGGUCCUGCCACUGGCUCUACUACCAAAGAUUGGUUUCCUGGGAUACACCAGCAGUCUUGCAUUCCUUUUCAUGUUGUUUUUUACUGUAGUGGUGGUGAUCAAAAAAUGGUCCAUUCCUUGCCCACUGCCAGUCAAUUCAACUGUGAGCCUGAUCUUAAAUACCUCUGAAUGCACCCCACAGCUGUUUGUGAUCUCUAGUAAGAGUGCUUAUGCCAUUCCCACAAUGGCUUUCUCCUUCUUGUGCCAUACUACGGUUUUACCCAUUUACUGUGAAUUACACAGGCCCACUAAACGGAGAAUGCAGAAUGUGACGAAUGUCAGCAUCUUUCUUAGUUUGGUGCUAUAUCUGAUCUCUGCACUUUUUGGCUACCUCACCUUCUAUGCACAUGUAGACUCAGAGCUGUUGAGGGGAUAUGAUACCUACCUGCCACGAGAUGCGUUGGUGAUGUCAGUGCGUUUUGCAAUCUUAUUGGCUGUCCUGCUUACUGUGCCCCUCAUUCACUUUCCAACACGUAAGUCGCUGUUGAUGUUAUUCAGCGGAGCGAGAGAUUCGUCCUGGCUCUCUCAUUGUCUUUCCUGUUUUUUCAUCCUCACUCUUGUGCUGCUGCUCGCCAUCUUCGUCCCUGACAUCAAGAACGUCUUCGGUGUAGUGGGAUCGACGACAUCGACGUGUUUAUUGUUUGUGUAUCCGGGAAUGUUUUAUUUGAGAAUCAGCUCUGAACCAAUCAAAUCUCUCAAUUCAGCAGGGGCUGUCUCUCUGUUGGUGAUUGGCCUGGUUGUGGGUGUUUUGAGUCUGUGUGUCAUCAUUGUCUCCUGGGUUCAAGGUUCUUGACCUGCGACCUGAUCAUCAUUAGUUAUAGAUUCACAUCCAGACUUGAAGGUGAUUCUUAUAUAGGUCACACUUAAGUCAAGACUAUACAGUAUCGAACACUCUUCCAGGGAAUUUCAUUAAAAUGAGAUGACCAUUAAAACACUUUAAUUCUUAAUAAUGUAUAUGACAAAAGCACAUUAAAAUGCAUUAUGGGAAAAUGUCCAGCAGAGCAGUUAAAGUACAUCCUAAUGGAGGUCUGAAAACACAAAAAAAGUUUGACAAUCUUUAAAUCAGACAUGACAGGUGCUGCUAUGAGCCUUCAACAAACAUAAGACCAAUGAACUGUAGCUGAUUUCUUUCAGUUGCUUAAUAUAUGAUGAGUAAUUUAUUUUGUUUAUGUGUAAGGAUAUUUGUUAAACUGACAAACGUUUACAAGUUUUGCCAUUGCCUUUAAAUAUACCAAAUCGGAGUGUGCUUGUCUAUUCCAUUUAGGAUUUCUGUAUAACACAUUCCAAAAAUUUUCAGUGGCGUUCACAAUAUAGUUUACUCCUAGUAUUCAUUACCUUAUAAUACUCAUUAAAACAUCAAGUAUAGUGUUUUUAUAAACAUCGCUGCACAGAUUGUAACAGAAAUGUAUUUUUAUGUUGAAUAAAAUAAAUAAAGAGAAGAAACUUAAA